GUAGGAAGGCCGCGCGUUCCGCCGUGCCGCUCGCCGCAUCUCCCUCGUCCCCCCUCCCCGCGUCGCCAUGAAUUUCCUCCGCGGUGUCAUGGGCGGACAGGCCGCUGGGCCGCAGCCCACGGGCGCCGAGACGGUGCAGAAGUUAUGUGACCGUGUCGCGUCCUCCACACUGAUCGAGGACCGGAGGGGUGCCGUGAGGGCUCUCAAAUCGCUCUCCAAGAAGUACCGCAUGGAGGUCGGCACGCAAGGCAUGGAACACCUUCUGCACGUCCUGCAGACUGACCGGUCCGACGCGGAGAUCACGGCCUUCGCGUUGGACACGCUGUGCAACAUCGUCUCGAACGACGUGGGCGAGGAAGAAGAGGAACAGCACCACCAGCAGCAGCAACAGCAGCAGAAGACGGCCCCAGAGGAGGACCUGGGCGCCCAGUUCACCGACGUCAUCAUCCAGAAGCAGGAGAACGUGUCGCUGCUGCUCUCCUUCCUUGAGGAGUUUGAGUUCCACGUGCGAUGGGCGGCUGUGAAGCUGCUCACGGUACUCCUGAAGAACCGAGGACCGGCCGUGCACCAGAUCAUCCUCGUCACGCCCACAGGAGUGUCGCGCAUGAUGGACCUGCUGGUGGACACCAGGGAGGUGAUCCGAAAUGACGGGCUGCUCCUGCUGCAGCAGCUGACCAAGGGGAAUGCGGCGAUCCAGAAGAUCGUGGCCUUCGAGAACGCCUUCGAGAGGCUGCUCGACAUCGUCUCCGAGGAGGGGCACAGCGACGGAGGGAUCGUGGUGGAGGACUGCCUGCUGCUCCUGCAGAACCUACUCAAGAACAACAACUCCAACCAGAACUUCUUCAAGGAGGGCUCCUACGUGCAGCGCAUGAAACCCUGGUUCGAGGUGACCGAGGAGAGCGCUGGCUGGUCGGCGCAGAAGGUCACCAACCUGCACCUCAUGCUGCAGCUUGUGCGGACGCUGGUGUCUCCGGCGAAUCCGGCGGGCGCCGUGGCGGCGUGCCAGAAGGCCAUGUUCCAGUGCGGCCUCCUCCAGCAGCUGUGCGCCAUCCUCAUGGCCACCGGCGUCCCGGCGGACAUACUCACCGAGACGAUCAACACGGUGUCGGAGGUGAUCCGAGGGUGCCAGACGAACCAGGAGUACUUUGCGGCGGUCAGCGCUCCCUCCACGCCGCCGAGGCCGGCGCUGGUGGUGCUGCUCAUGUCGAUGGUGAAUGAGCGUCAGCCGUUUGUACUGCGCUGCGCCGUGCUCUACUGCUUCCAGAGCUUCCUCUACCGCAACCCGGGGGGGCAGGGCCAGAUCGUUGCCACGCUGCUCCCCUCCACCAUCGACGCCAGCGCCAUCUCGGCGGGACAGCUGCUGUGCGGGGGCCUGUUCUCGGGCGACGCUCUCUCCAACUGGUGCGCCGCGGUGGCGCUGGCGCACGCCCUCAUCGGCAACGCCGCCCAGAAGGAGCAGCUGCUGCGGGUGCAGCUCGCCACGUCGCUGGGCAACCCGCCCGUGUCGCUGCUGCAGCAGUGCACCAGCAUCCUGUCGCAGGGCGACAAGCUGGUGAGACGGGGCAACAAGGUGCAGACGCGCGUGGGCCUGCUCAUCCUGCUCUGCACGUGGCUCACGGACUGCCCCAUCGCAGUCACGCACUUCCUGCACAACCCCGCCAAUGUGCCUUUCCUCACGGGACAGAUCUCUGAGAACCUGGGCGAGGAGGAGCAGCUGGUGCAGGGUUUGUCGGCGCUGCUCAUUGGCAUCUGCAUCUUCUACAACGACAACUCUCUCGACAGCCACACGAGGCCGAAGCUGAAGCAGCUUGUGGAGAAGCGAAUCGGCAAGGAGAAUUUCCUGGAGAAGCUGUCGGCCGUCUCCAAGCACGACCUCUACUCCAAGGCGUCGCAGAAGCCCCAGCCGGCGUUCCCCGGGCCCGAGCAGGUGUUCUUCGACCACGAGUUCACGCAGAUGGUCCGCGAGAUUGAGGGCUCCAUCGUGAAGGCCGUGCAGAAGUCAGCGGAGGAGGACCGCAAGGAGGAGGAGGUGCACAAGGCCAUGCAGCAGCACGACAGCGUCAUGGCGCAGUACAAGGAGCUCAUUCGCGAGCAGGACACUCAGAUUGGGGAGUUGAAGAAACAGGUGGCGUCGCUGGGCAUGCAGCUGGAGCAGGCACAGGCCACCGUGAGCCAGCAGGCAGCGCACGUGCAGCAGCUCAAGGACCAGUACAACCUGCUCAAGGUUCAGGCCGGCAAGGACGGGCCGCAGGCCGCUCACGUGGAGGUGAACGGGCUGGGCGCCGCCGGGGCCGACGGGGACGAGGCCGCCGAGCAGCUGCAGAGGCUGCGCGCCGAGCUGGAGGAGCAGAGGACGCGUGCCGCUCACGCCCUCGGCCUGCUCGCCGAGAGGGAGGCACAGCUCAGCGCGCUGAAGUCGGGGGUCGCUGUGUCGGGAGCCAGCGACCACGCGGACGCCCCCAGCGACCAGGAGGUGGAGGCCCUAAGGAGCCGGGUGUCGGCCCAGGAGAAGGAGCUGGAGCAGCUGAAGGGCGAGCGGAGUGACCUGCAGGAGCGACUUCAAGCCGCAGAUGCGCGGGCGUUUGCCCCCGGACUGGCGCUGGCCCCUGGCGACGGCGACGCGGCGAGUGGUGGCGCCGCGGCGAAGCUGGAGGAGCUGGAGUCGCGCGCCUCCGCUCUCGAGCAGGAGCACGAGCAGCUCCAGGACACGGUGCGGCUGCUCACGGAGGAGAAGCUGGCGCUGGCGGAGAGCGCGGGCGAGACCGCGCGCCUGCGCCAGGAGGUGGUGCGCCUCAACAAGGAGGCGGGCGACACGAGGAAGGAGCAGGACGACCUGCUGGUGCUGCUCGCCGACCAGGACCAGAAGAUCAUCGCGCUCAAGGGCCGCCUGCGCGAGCUGGGACACGCGGUGGAGAACGACGAGGACGACGACGACGAUGAAGAUGACGACAUCUCGGAGGGCGGAGACGACGAGGGUGCGGGGGCCGACUCCCCGGAUGAGUAGAGAGGUCGAGCUGCACGGUGCCGCGUCGCCGGCGACCCCGCCCCACACACACGGAGAGAGAGGAGCGACGGUGCAACCGUGACCAGGAGGACGUCGCACAUCCCCCAGCCACCUUCCUCUCGCUUCCCAGCCCCCUGCCUUCGACGUCCCACUCCCCGCCUUAAUCUUCCGCUCGCUCCCUUACCUUCAUCUCCAACUCUAAUCUCCCACCCUCCCCACCCCCCCACCUUUGUCUUCAAUCUCCCUGCUCCGCUUCGAAGCGAGAGGCGACGACGCGCGGCGCCGGUAACGUCCACCCUCGUGAAGAAACCGCGGCGUGGAGCGGACAGGGGUGAGGGUUGGGAGAGGGGGGGGGGGGCGGAGAUGUGCGGAGGGGGGCCGGCCCCCUAGUGGGGGUCACCCCAGGGUUGUCCCUUUAGUCGCCGCACCCAUCCCUCCAAUCGCCGUGCCCCUCCCCGCCACCGUUGCCGGCGCCGAGAUGCCUCCCGCAGGGUGGUUAGUUCGCAAAACCCAAUAGAGCAAUAGGAGUGUUCCGUGGGCGAGAUUGUCCAUAUGGUGUUCACGAGUUGACCGAUGAUGAUGACGACGGCGGCGGGGGCGGCGGUAGCGGCGACAAUGUGCUGCCAUGUAUACAAAGUAUACUCUACUAGAGAGACGACGCGUGCGUAACGAAGAGGGGCGUGCUGGCACUUGCUGCUGCGUGGGGUGCGCUGCCACUGCCCCAGCGCACCGGAGCCAGGCCGCGAGCUGUGCGCGCUGUUGGUUUGCGAGCGACGGGGGAAAUCCGCUUGUCCCGGUGGAGGUCUCUCGACAGCCGGUGACAGCCAAAAGUCGAGAGCGGCGGUGUGGUGGGGGGGGGUUGACCCCCCCCCCGUCCCCUCCCCCGGCGUUCAUGGGCACGGGAACAAGGGAUUGGUGAGUGUCAGCAUUAUGCAGAGUUGUUUUAGCAGGGGUUGUGGUUAGGCUUAGGAAUGAAGGAUUAGGGUUGUGGUUUUGAUGUAGAGUUGGGAACAGUGCCCGAGCUUCGCAUUUGGGAUCGGGUUGGAACUUGCAUUUUAGAUAUUGUUGAAAUUAUGGAUAGAAUUCUGGGUAAGUUUCGGCGCUAGCGUUUGGGUUAGGGAUUAUGCGUAGGGGUGGGGUUAACGUUAGGGUUUGGAGUUGGGGUCCCGGUCGAGGGACAGGGAUGGAGUUGGGCUCAAGGGCUGUGACGGGCAGCUGCAGUGCCUCUACCAGGGUAGCAAUGCUCCUCCACGCCCUGUUGCCCUGCAGCGCUCCCAACGGCACGGGGUGGGCAGGAGAGGCUCCUCCCGGGGCGGGUGCCGUGGUAGUAUUUAAGACGUGCGUCCACGUUGGUGCAUAUAGAGAAUGUGUGUUGGAUCGCAAGCAGAAGAAGAAGAUAUAUUUUAGGUUUCAUCGAUUUACUCGGUCUGGAGGCUGCCCCUCCCUCCCUCCCCCAGCCACGUGGGGCUGUUGUUUUCGUAUGUGAUUCAUAAAGCCGUUCCUAC